UAUGCGUAAACAAACGAUGCCCGGGCUCAAGGUGGCGAAAAAGCGUUUAAUCUCGUUUCCCGUUUCAGACCGAUCCACCAUCAAGCCAAAAUCUCUUCUAGUCUUCUCCAGACCCAGGAUCCCAGAGCUUCUCUAUAAUCUCCCAUGUCCUAACACACAUCUCAUUCAAGAUUAACGCACUACUAGUUUUCACCCCAAAUCUCAAAACCCCUGCUCGUAUCUUGCGCAUCACCAUGCUUUCAAGAAAACCCAGUCCACAAUUCCUUUAUUUCACCCUCACUCUUUUUCUAUUACUAGCUUUUAUCAUUGCCAUCAAGGCUUCUGAGCCCAACCCAAAUGAAGACGAUGAAGACUUGGAGGGUUUUGAAGAAUUAAUGGCAUUGGAUGAAGAAGAGGAGAAACGAGAACAAGAAGGGUCACCCAGUGUGAGAUCGUCAGAGGCUGAGGUUUUAACCAGAGCCCAGAGGAUUGUUCUUGAGCUUAACAAUGACAACACCAAGAGGGUCAUUGACGGGAAUGAAUUCGUUCUGAUUCUGGGGUAUGCGCCUUGGUGUGCAAGGAGUGCCGAGCUUAUGCCUCAGUUUGCUGAGGCUGCAACUGCACUCGAGGAAUUGGGGACUCCUCUUUUGAUGGCCAAGCUCGAUGCCGACCGAUAUCCGAAGGCGGCAUCCCUUCUUGAGAUCAAAGGGUUUCCCACUCUGCUUCUGUUUGUUAAUGGGACUUCUCAAGUGUACACUGGUGGAUUUUCAGCGGAGGAAAUUGUGAUCUGGGCAAGGAAAAAAACCGGCGUACCUGUUAUUAGGAUAAGCUCAGUGUCAGAGGCACAAGAAUUUCUCAAAAACUACCAUACGUUUGUUACUGGUCUCUUUGAGAAGUUUGAGGGACCUGAUUAUGAAGAAUUUGUUAAAGCAGCAAUAUCUGACAAUGAAGUCCAGUUUGUUGAAGUGAGUGACAUCGAUGUUGCAAAAGUUCUUUUCCCAGAUAUCAAGGAUACUAACCAUUUCAUUGGCAUUGUUAAAAAUGAGCCAGAAAGAUACACUCCAUAUGGAGGGGCCUUCAAAAUAGACCAAAUAUUACAGUUUUUGGAGUUUAACAAGUUCCCAUUAGUUUCUAAACUGACAGAGCUAAAUUCUGCCAGAGUUUACUCCAGCCCACUCAAACUUCAGGUUUUUUUCUUUAUGGAGGUUGAUGCCUUUAAAAAUUUUCUUGAGCCUCUUCAAGAAGUUGCAAGAAAGUUCAAAUCAAAGAUAAUGUUUAUAUAUAUAGACAUUUCAGAUGAGAAUCUUGCAAAGCCUUUCUUAACUUUAUUUGGGCUUGAAGAAGCAGAGAACACUGUGGUGACUGCAUUUGAUAACAGAAUCAGCUCAAAGUUUUUGUUAGAGUCAGAUUGACCCCUGACCCCCACCAACAUAGAAGAGUUUUGCAUACGGCUCCUGGAUGGUACUCUCUCUCCUUACUUCAAAUCACAGCCAAUACCAGACAAUGAGGAUGCAAGCAUCCAGAUCAUUGUAGGAAAGACAUUUGAUGACUUGGUUUUGAGCAGUCCCAAGAAUGUUCUUCUAGAGGUAUACACGCCAUGGUGCAUCAACUGUGAAACCACUAGCAAGCAUGUUGAAAAGUUGGCUAAGCACUUCAAAGGUUUGGAUAAUCUCGUAUUUUCAAGGAUAGAUGCUUCUGCUAAUGAACACCCAAAACUGCAGGUAGAUGAGUUUCCAACGCUAUUCUUUUACCCUUCAAAAGAUAAAGCAAAUCCGAUCAAGCUAUCUACAAAAUCCAGUUUGAAGGAUUUUGCGGCAUCUAACAACAAACAUUUGAGAGCCAAAGAUCAUGUCAUGAAAGAUGAAUUAUAGUAAAAUAUAGUGAAGUAAACAUACCAAAAUCUCGACUCAUCAAGAAAAUGUUUCUGAAUUAUUUUUUGUAAUAGAAUUCUGGGGAGAGGGCUGCUGGCCAUGGGUUAGAGGGCCAGCCUUAUUACCACCCCGUCCCUGUGCUACCGUGCAUUUGCUGCUUCAAACGUUUGGCUUGCUGUUGCUUCUUUAUUUUUCGAGUUUUGCUACGUACAAGUAAAGUUGCCCACUAAUCUACGUAUCAA